UUUAUUUGUUUUAAAAGAGAUAUUUCCGGUGUGAUCCCCCAUCGCUUUCUCUGCUGUCUCCAUAGUUACGCUCCUGUCGCCGUCGCUACGUUUAGGCGUUAACCGUUACGUCAUGUCGUCAUCACCACGGUUCUUCCGCUGCCGGUAAAGUGAACGUGAAGAAGGAGAAGAAGGAGAAAAGCAGAAGUGUGAAUAACGUCGAGACAUUUAGCCUGACGCUUCUUACAGCAGACCAGAACCCGAAGCGUCGAGUCCAAGAACCGUGAACGGAAAUCUCUCCAGGUGACCGACAAUGGCUGUGAACGUGUAUUCGACCUCUGUGACCAGUGACAACUUAAGUCGUCAUGACAUGUUAGAGUGGAUCAACGAAUCUCUACAGAUGAACCUCACCAAGAUAGAAAUGUUGUGCACAGGUGCUGCCUACUGCCAGUUCAUGGACAUGCUGUUUCCCAACUCAGUGCCUCUAAGGAGAGUUAAAUUUGGUGCCAAGCUGGAACAUGAAUACAUCCAUAAUUACAAGCUCCUGCAGCUCUCCUUCAAAAAGAUGGGAGUCGACAAAAUCAUUCCCGUGGACAAACUGGUGAAGGGGAAGUUCCAGGACAACUUUGAGUUCGUCCAGUGGUUUAAGAAGUUCUUUGACGCCAACUACGACGGAAAGGAGUACGACCCUGUGGAGGCGAGGCAGGGCCAGGACGCCAUGCCCGCACCCGGCGCCGCCACCUCAGCUCUCAACAAACCCCCCAAGAAGCCCCUCAAUCAAGCUCCUCAGAGGCCACCUGUUGCCAAGGUAGCACCCAAGUUGGCUAACGUCAGUGCGAGGAAGCCAGGGAUGGGAGGCGGCGAUGAGGAGAGGGCGGAGCUCCAGAAUGAGGUUGAAAUGCUGAAGUCUACUAUCCAGGACAUGGAGAAGGAGAGAGACUUUUAUUUUGGAAAGCUGCGGAACAUUGAGCUGAUUUGCCAGGAGAAGGAAGGCGAGGGCGACCCGACGCUGCAGAGGAUCGUAGACAUCCUCUACGCCACAGACGAGGGUUUCGUGAUACCCGACACCGAGGAGCAGGAGGAGUUUUAAUUUUGAAGACUGCCAGCAGCUUUUCACUCAGACGCCGUGGUCUUCAAACCCACCUUGAGAUCCUCCUCAAGCCAACGCGGCCAGUUUGGUUUUAUAUCCAACACCAAACUCGAUCUCGACUCGUGGUCUUCCCCCUCCCUGCCCCCCCCCUUCCCCAAACCCUCUGGGACUUCCUCCCCCACCCCCUGCAGCCAGUUAUCUCCUGAAACACCUUUUUAAUGAUAAUCAUCAGAGCCUCGGUCACUGCCUCUUCCUCCCCCCCGUCCUCACCUGUAACCCCCCCCUCCCUCCCUCCCUCCCUCCCUCCCCCCUUAAAACCAGACCGUGCAGUACCACUCUGGUUUUUGUAAUGGACUUCAGUGUGCAAACACGGUGAUGUUUUCUGGCUGUGUGUAAAUGUGUGUAUGUAUGUAUGUGUGAGUGUGUGUGUGUGUGUGUGGUUCUGUGUUAAAUAAUCAACCUGAAACAAAUCAAACAUGAAGAACCUCCUGAAGACCCGCCUGUCACACGUCACCGCCCCACACUGACCCUCACACGGACUCUGAAUUUAACUCUUUAUGAAGGACUCAGAAACACGAGUGAGAUGAAAACAAAGAUUCCCAUGUGAUGCGUUCAGGUUCCCUCGCUUUGAGACACCUCUUGAGAUGCAGUUUGGAUCUUUGUCACUCUUGAUGCGGCAUCGAGCCAGCAGCCUUUAAAAACACGCCUCUUCCAGGUUCUUGAAGAUAAGCUCCUGAGUCUGAAUCCUCUUCAGGAUGGUAGAAAGAAUCCACGUCAAUGUUAGGUUGCUCUGAUCUUAUUUCGAUCUCUCCUCGUGGACACACCCCUGCACCAUUUUUAGAAACGCCUCUCAAGCUAAAACCUGCUAUGCAAUAUGAGUGAUGAGCAAGUUUUCACUGUCAGGAGAACAUCCAGUCACGUCCACAGGAGUCUGUGAUCUCUGCAAAGUCCAGUCAGAGUUAAACCCUCGGAUGAAUCCGCCUGCAGGGUUCAGUGUGAGGCGACAUGACAGCCGGGUCUUCUCUCUGCCUUUCUCCCAUCAUGAACACCUUCUUGAUUUGUCCUCGUCAGCUUCCGAAGUAAAUUUAUACUACUGUUUUAUCACAUCUCCCCGCCCCCACUCCUUUUAUUUCUUUCUCUCAUCCCCAUCUUUAUGUAGUGUUUGUUUUUGGCACCUGUCAGUCACGCUCUCUACUUUAUACUCUCUCCUCUCGUCACUAAACGAGCUCUGAUUAUUUAACUUGUGUGCAGAAGCCACAGCAGCAGCAGCAGCAGGAAGGUAAAGGGCUUUUCUUGUAGCAGAUCAGAUCUCUCUUCGGUGUUCUCACAUUUCAGGCUUCCUUAAAUGUGCAAUUCUUUAAUCCCAGGAAAGUGGCUUAAUCCUCGAGUUGAUGUCAGAAGUGUUGAAAGCAGCCUUCAGAUCAACACGCCAAUGUUUGGUGAAACGUGCAAGACCAGUUCUGAGCUGCCAAAUCAGCGGUGAUUGUUGUGUACGUUUUGUCUUCUGGAGCGUCUGUCUCAAAGCACAUGCACUGUUUUUAUACCAGAGGCCCUUAAUCUCCCCCCCCCCGGCCUCUUAAAACGAGCUCCUGCAGGGCGAGCGAGCGGGGAUCCAAACACUGUGAGCUCUGACUGUGGCUGAUCAUCAGGUCUUCACAUGUAGCCGGUCACAGUCGAGUCCAUCCAGCAGAGAUCUGCGUCAGAGGUGCGUGGAUGCUCUGAGUACUGAUUCUGUGAUUGAUACAGCGGGAUCAAUGAGUUGUAAAUCCCCCCCCUGAACACGUCCCCCUCUCUGGGAAUGUAAGACAGGUGUCUCUUAUCCCCCUCUUUCCUACUUCCAAACCCCGAUCGACCAAUUUUAAUACAAGCUUUGUAAAUUGUGGAUGUAAUUUGAGACCAUGUGUUCCACUGUUCCAUGUGAAAACGCUGUUUCUUUGGACACAUUUGUAACACGAGUGUCGACUCCACGCCGAUCCUGUUAACAGCAACAUGUUCUUAUGUAGUAAAUAACUUUAUUGAUGGCCUUAUUCAUAACAUACUUUUUUUCAUAGCAUUUUUUUUUUUACUUUAAUGUGAGUCUCUGCUGUUUUGGGGCAAAUGUUUGUACUGUUAGUCAUUUUUUUAUGUGUUCUGAAAAUAAACAACAUUGGAGGUGUUUUGGA